GGUUUUGAUUAGAGGUGUAAGAACGGCGCGUAAUAAUUUUCAACACAAUUAAUCACAAACGUGACUGAAGUCGAGUGUAAAUAUCGUCAAAAUUUUAUGUUAGAAUCAGUAUAUCAACAUGCCGUACGCAGUAAUGAGGCAUUUACGGCGUACACUAUUAUUAAGUCAACAAAUACGAGUCGAAAGCACCAUGACCAACCUAACGCAAGAAGAAUAUGUUUUUCGACCUCCCAUCGCGCAGUGGAGCAAGGUUAUUAAGGACGCUGAAAAAAUUGUCGGAUAUCCAACAUCUUUUAUGAAUUUGAGGUGGCUUUUGAGUGAUGAAUUCGCCAAUUUAGCUAUGCACCUACGUAAGAUUGUAGGGAGUAAUCACCCCAUAAUGAAAACUGCCAAAACCGUCCUGUACAACGAACACAAUAAUCUCCAACCGUGGGGCCUUAUCAUUCUCCUAUUGUCCAAGGCUGUUGCUCCACCAUCAUCAUUACACGCGAGUAAUGUCGCAGAACAACAGAGAAUGCUGGCAGAACUAACAGAAAUGAUACGCACAGGCAAUUACAUACACAGAGGCUUAUUAAACAUACCUCCUGAGAAGCGAGAUGUCGCUAUGGACUCUCUAUACGCAAAUAAAAUUGCCAUUCUCAUAGGUGACUAUCUACUAGUCACUGCGAAUGGAAUGCUUGCGAGUCUAAAAAAUCAAGAUUUAUCGUAUUUAAUAUCGACAGCGCUGCGCGACAUAAGCGAAGGGGAGUUCUUUGGGCCCAGAGAUGAGCAAAACAUGCCGUUGCCCAGUAAGCCAAAGGAUAAUGUAGUAGAUAAUUUCAGGAUUAGUUGUGAAACAGUGCCAUUAGAUGUUAACGACGUGCUAGGGUCCCCAGUUAGAGAAUGGACGCUACGGACGUUGUAUAACGGUGGUACCUUGUUCGGCAGAGGCUGCCAAGGUGCUAUGUAUCUCGCUGACAGAAGUGUGGAGGAGCAAAAAAAGGCUUUCCUCUUCGGCUGUCACUUAUGCUUAGCGUGGCAGGCUGCUAGCGAACUACACAAGUUCACAAACACCAAAGAACCAUAUUCUCUAGUUAGUGCACCAGCUCUAUUUGGUUUACAGCGAUUGCCUCAUCUUUAUGAGACAGUUAAUGUUAAAAACGUCUCAGUUGUUGAUUAUGAGAGUUUAAAAGAGGAGUUACUCGAAACAGAUGCAGUGGAAAGGACAAAGUUAUUGUAUAGCGAGAAUGCAGACAAAGCAAGGUGCUAUGCUGAUUUGUUUGGUGACAAUGAAGCUGUGAGGACUAUAAAGAGAAUGAUUAAGAAUAUAUAGCAGGAUUUGUGUAGGAAAAUAGGGAAAGAUCGGUUGCUUGCACUAUUGUGUGGGCUUAGUACAAAUUGAAUAGAAAAAUGUAGGAAGAUUUUUCAUAACAAUAUUCAAAAGGAAUUAAAGGUAUCAUUCGAAAGCUAUUUUGGCCUUCAGAAAAGCUCUGUUUUAACAGAGACAAUAAUUUAGAAAAAAUCGUCAUCAAACAUAUGUAAAAAUCAUUUAAAUAUGGUGGUACAAUAAAGUUAUGUUAGAAAAGGCCUUUUCAGCUACUUAUGUUAUAAUCUAAUAAUUCUUAUUCAGAAAAAUUAUGUUAUAUUAUUGUAUGCAAUUCAAAUAUUAUUUGUUCUUAUAAAAUCGCUGUUCUUUUUUAUCUUGAUACCUUUAAAAAGAUUUUUUAUUAAUUUUCUUUAGCUUUGUGUAUGGUUUUUUUUUGUUUGUUUAUUAUACAAUCAUGGGACCUUUUUGUAUGAACGGUUAAAAUAGAAAUAAAUUAUUUACAUUGUUGCAAUAUUGUUUAUUACAAAUAUAAAUGUUAGCACUAUGAAUAUUAAUUAAUUAUAAAUUGUUGUUUCAAAAUCCUCAUUAUUGUAAGCCGUUAGUUAUGAGUAAGAUAUAAAAUAAUUUAACACCACAUGGUGUUACCAUUUCGUACUAUCUUUUAUAUAACCCUUCACUUUUUAUUUUUUUGUCUAUUUCUUCUAUACUGCAAUUUAAACUAUUCUCACUGCUUAGUAAAACAAAUUAGAUUUUUCUUUAUUUACCUGGCAAGUUUUAAUUUUCACUUCCUUUAUAAUGUUGUCUUUUGUUUUGAAAGACGCGAAUUAUUAUUGCCGAGUUACUAUAAAUAUGUGAUAUUUCAUAGUUCUUAGAAAAUUGUUAGCGUUGUAAAAAUAAAUUUAUUGUGGUUUAA